CCGGCGAGCCCCACGAUGGCGAUCCCGUCGCUCUGCCGCACUCAUGGCUGGCUGACGGGUUUCUGAUGUUGGUUUCUCAAUCUCUCAGGGCUGCGUUGAUAUUGAUCCUUCAAGGGUUGUUGUUGACGAGGUUGGAUUCCGACAGAGCGCGAACAGGCGCACCUGGCUCUCGCGGGCGAAGCGAGCUAAGGCUAUGGGGGCGUGCGGUGUCAGUGCGGACGUUUGUCAUCUGGACCAACGCAACGUCAGCCAGCAUUAGUUGUUGGGUACUGGGUAUCCAGGAUCCUGAAGUGAAGCCCGGGGUGUCAGUAUGGACGGACGUCCUUGGGACCGUGACAGUGGCGCUACUCCUGCAAGAUUUGAGACACGAAGAACCAGCGAGCAGGUAUCUGUACUUGGAUAAUUGGAUCCCAGGCGCCCUUUGGCAUGCUGUGAUCAGGGAAUCAGGCAGGCAAAAGCCAAGGCCGUCAGGUCCGGAAGAAGGGGAGUUGUGUCAACAAGCAUCGGAGAGAUCGAUACAUCCGCAUCGUGUCGAGCUGGCAGGGCCUGGUGGAAGGGCAAUAAUACUAGGACGAACUAUUGCUGCUGAUUCUAGUCACACUACCACGAAUGUGUGUUUGCGGUGCUGAUGUCGCCUGAUAUCGGUAGGUUGUAGCUCAAGUGAGUUGAACGUGCAAAAAUGUCAUCAGCGGCGCAAGCGAGGUUGACGAGGGGAACGAGGGGAACAUGGGACGGCGGCGAUGGGUGAGGCCAAAGCAGCUAGGUGGACUUCUGCGUUGCGACGGUCGGGAUGGCGGUUCAGAGACGUGCAGUAACCCAUUACUAAGUGUGAUGAGAAGUGUGGGUGGCAGGUACUGCUUGACCAAGGGCGCUAAACGAUGUUGAGUUCGAGGUGAGGUGAGAAAGAGA